AUGAUGGAUGGGGUAGGAACGGCAUCGAGUAUCGCUGCAGUGAUUGAUCUAUCUGCAAAGGUUGGAUCACUCCUUUUCCAAUUCACAAAAGCGGUCAAAAAUGCAAGAUCCGAUGUGAGCAGACUGAUGCAAGAGCUGGAUAGGCUGAAGAAUACUCUUCACGGAGCGCAGGCGAUUCUCGACAGCCCAAAAGGCGCAUGGCUCCGGAAUUCGCAAGCAUUAUACCCGGCGCUCAAUGAUUGUUCUUCGCAACUUUUAGAUCUUCAAUACAGAUUGGAAACGAAACUUGGUGUUGGGCCUCUAAAGCGUUCCAUGAGUCGAUUUGGACUUCGCUCUUUGAAGUGGCCACUGGAAAGCAAGGACGUCAAUAAAGCAGUCAAAGCCCUUGAGCACUAUCGAGAUACACUGACUACAGCGCUAACAAUUGAUCAAACUGGAUACGUGCUCAGUAUCAGCCAGCAUACAAUUCUUUCAAAACUGCCCUUCGUGAAAGAAGCUGUUUUUGAUUCUCAUGCGGACGAGCAACAUGCGCAAUGUCAUCCCGAAACCAGGGUAUCUCUUCUCCAGAAGAUAGAGCAAUGGGCAGAUGAUCCAGAAGCAGAAUGUGUCUUUUGGCUGAAUGGGCGAGCAGGAACAGGGAAAUCUACCAUAUCCCGUACUGUUGCGCAAUCUUUCUCAUCAAAAGGUUCUCUUGGUGGAAGCUUCUUCUUCAAAAGAGGCGAGCGAGAUCGCGAUAACCCGGCACAAUUAUUCACAUCGAUAGCUUCCCAGCUAAUUUCAAGAGUGCCAUUACUAGCAGCCGAUGUCGGGGCUUCUAUGGAAGCAGAUCCUGCUAUCGUCUGUAAGGCUCUGAGACUACAGUUUGAGGAGCUCAUAUUGGAGCCUCUCAGGAAAUUGAAUCCGGCAGCAUAUCAUGGAAGAAGUAUCGUUCUUGUGAUCGAUGCACUUGAUGAAUGCGAAGGGGAUCAUAAUAUUCGAGCCAUUCUCGGUUCACUGUCACGAGGGGGUCAAUCACCCUACAUACCUCUCAAAGCCUUUGUGACAAGUAGACCUGAGCUGCCGGUCCGACUUGGCUUCAAUGACAUCAAAGGUAGUUAUCAAAAUAUAAUCUUGCAUGAUAUUCCGAAGCCAAUUGUCCAGGGUGAUAUCGCUACAUAUCUGAACUAUGAGCUGGCCAAGAUCAAGUCUGACUAUAAUAGCCAGUCUUCCAAUCUCUAUCUUCCAUUUGACUGGCCAGGCCCGGAAAUUACUCAGACCUUAGUCCAUAUGUCUGUGCCACUGUUUAUCAUUGCCGCAACUAUUGUUCGUUUUAUCAGAGAUCCAGCCUGGUCUGAUCCUGCCGGGCAACUCAAAAAGGUUAUUGAACAUACAAAAUCCCAACCAUCCGAGCUUAAUACGCUCGAUGCUACUUAUGGUCCAAUCCUUGAUCGCCUCUUGCUUGGUCAAUCUGAAAUGGCCAAAAGGUCACUUGUGAGGGAGUUCCAAGAAAUCGUGGGUACUAUAGUGCUUUUGGCUGAGCCUCUCUCAGCGACUUCAUUGGCCCGUCUUCUCAAUGUUCCAAGAUCUGACAUAGAUCGCCGACUUUUAUCUCUACAUUCCGUCCUUGAUAUCCCAGAAUCCACAGAUCACCCUGUCAGGUUGUUCCACCUAUCCUUUCGUGAUUUCCUUCUUGAUUCAGACAAGCUCCAUGGCAGUCGAUUCUCGAUAAGUGAGGAAGAAACGCAUGGCAAAAUUGCCAUGAAAUGUUUAAAUCUGCUCUCUAGUCAUUUGCAGGAGGAUAUAUGUGACUUGAAAAUGCCAGGAACGCAGAUUGUGAACAUACCAAUCCCACUAAUCAACUCGUGCAUAUCUGCAGAUAUUCGCUAUGCAUGUCUUCACUGGGUCUACCAUAUUGUAGAAGGCAAAAUGCACCUGACAGAUACCCACCCAGUCUAUGCGUUUCUCAAGAAGCACUUUCUUCAUUGGCUUGAGGUUUUGAGCCUUUUGAGGAAGGCUUCCGAUAGCAUCGCCAUGAUGAGAAACUUACAAGAUCUCCUUACUCAAGAUUCACCCCUCUUUGCAUUCUUGCAUGAUGCGGUCCUAUUCAUUCUAAAUUGUCGCUCGAUCAUUUCAACAGCACCCCUUCAGAUCUAUGCUUCUGCACUUCCAUUUGCUCCAAAGAACAGUCUUAUUAGGAGGACAUUUGAGAAUUCGAUGCCAAGCUGGAUACCACGCUUGCCGAAAGUAGACUUCAUGUGGAAUGAUUGCUUACAAAUACUACAGGGGCAUACUGCUCCAGUCAUGUCUGUGGCAUUCUCCCGAGACGGUAAAGCUGUCGCGUCAGCCUCUAGCGACAGGACGGUUAGAAUCUGGGACUCUACUACCGGCGAAGAAAUUCAGAAGCUCGGCCAUUUUGGCAGAAUCCAUGGGGUGGCGUUUUCGCCAGCCGGUAAAACAAUUGCAACCAUUUCGUCCGAGUCGGUUAUCCGUUUCUGGGACAUAAACACAGGCGACGAACAGCAGGUUCUUGAAGGUCACACAGAUAUCAUUGCAGCAAUCUCUUUCUCACCAGAUGGGAAGAGCAUUGCAUCUUCCUCGCAUGACCAUACAGUUCGGCUGUGGGAUGGGGAACAAGGUGAGACCAGUCUGGUUCUCCAACACGGCGACUUGGUAACCUCCGUUGCUUUCUCCACUGAUGGAGAGAGGAUCAUAUCGGCUAGUCAAGCGAUCUUAUAUGUUUGGAACCUUGCAACUGGUGAAGAAGAAUACCGCCUCGAGGGACAUUCCGAUUCCAUAAAUGCAGUCACAUUCAGGAACGAUGGUCGGACUAUUGCCUCGGCUUCUAGUGACAGAACGAUUAGAAUCUGGGAUACGGAAACGGGUGACCAGAUACAACAACUUGGCCAUGAAAGUCGGGUUCAUGGUGUGGCCUUCUCACCAAAUGGGAAAACAAUCGCAUCUGCUUCAUUCGAUUCCACUAUUCGACUCUGGGAUGCCGCUACAGGUACAGUAGUCCGCAUGUUGAAUGGGCACAGCGGCUUGAUCACAGCCAUAUCCUUCUCUCCAGAUGGGAAUAUAGUUGCAUCAGCUUCAUCCGAUGAAACUGUUAGAAUUUGGGAUGUUAUGACGGACAGACUACCCCAUGAUCCUCCGAAUGCAAAUGAUCAACUCGAUCACCCCAACCAAACAGAUCGGCCCUUGAACUCAGCUCCAAUUAUUGAAGGACGCUCGAAGCAACGAACUUGCACAGUCAAUUCUGUCAUAUUUUCUCCUGAUGCUACGAUAGUGGCAGCUUCUUACAGUAAUGGGAUGAUUCGACUGUGGGAUGCACAGUCAAAUGAAGAGAUGCAUACGAUUGAGGCUCACGGUAGCUUUACCACAGCUAUCGCUUUUUCAUGGAAUAGCCAAGUCCUGGCCUCCGGUUCGAUGAAUGGCUUGAUUCGAAUUUGGAACCCAAAGACAGGCAAAGAAAGACAAAAGUUUUACGGGCAUCUCAAUUCUGUCAAUUCUCUUGCUUUUUCGCCGAUUAACAUGGCACUUGUCAGUACCAGCAAUGACAGCACAGUUCGGCUGUGGAGCGUUUUGGAAGGAGAAAGGGACCUUCUCUACAAUGACCUCGGUCAUCGUUCUAAAGCGAUUGCAUAUACCUACGGUCAUCCGUACAAGGCGAUAGCUUUUUCUUCGGAUGGCGGCUCCAUCGUGGCGGCUUCUGCAAAUGAUACAGUAUGGCUUUCGAGAACCAUUCCAGGCAGAGGAAUACAGGUGACACCAUGCUAUGAUACACCAAUACUCGCAGUUGCCGCCUCCACAGACGCCAGAAUUGUGGCGUCGACUUCGGCCGAUAUGAUUAUUAGGCUAUGGGAUACGGUGGCAGGCUCUCAGGUAUAUUCUUUAUACACUGCAGUCACUCUCACUAGAUUGUCAUUCUCGGUUGAUAAUCUCUAUUUGAAUACGGACCGUGGGCAAAUUAUUCUUUCUAUUGACAUUGAUGAUGAGCCUUCUAUUGGGAAACUAACUGGACCAUCCAUACUUCUUUGCAAGGAUUGGGUUAUUCAAGGAUCAGACAGCAUGCUCUGGGUUCCCUUGGAUUAUAGGCCGGUAUGUGUGGAUUUCCAAAAUAACACAUUUGCGCUCGGAGAUGCAUCUGGUGGGAUGAGAUUCAUGGAGAUCGAUUUCAAUCGUUGA